GUGAUAAGCAGACAGCGGAGGCGUGGUCUCUGACGUCUCUCGGGCUGAACCGUACUACAGCACUAGUCUGGCUGGAUGUCUGACUCAGCCACGCAGGUUAUUUGGGAAUAUAUUUUAAACGCAUGUUUUAACUAAACAGACCAUAUAAUGCUCGCUCGUUCCUCUUGCUUUGGACCACGCGCAUCUUGUAUUUUGGUCGGUUUGGCUGAAGUGCGACAGGAGGUUUUAAGGUCUUUAUCAAGAAGAUGAACAAGGCUGUUGCAUUUGAUAAAUAGACUGACAAUGUCUAUGUUAAUAUCUUUCUGACCACAACUCCUAAUGGACUAAGAGGUUACUUCAAUAAAUUUCUAUAUGUGGACUUGUGCCAACGCUGCAGAAAAGCCCAUCGUCCCGAUUCCAGGUCACUGUGUCCCCAAAUUUGUGCUACCACUGUCCUAUACCCUCGCUCGUCUGUUUAUCCCUUGCUUUAUGGUGCUGUUUUUGCUUUUUCUGACCCUGUUUCGUAUCUUGUCACUGACUGCUAGAUUUCGUUUCAAAUAAAUUAGUACUUUUUAUGUAUGGACCAAAUCUAGAACUGCGCAAUAACGGCCUCUGCCAAACAUACGGUACUGUUGGAGUUUUAACCCUUGCAAGAAACACAGCUGAAUAUCAGUAAGCUCUCAGGAUUUAACCCAAGGACUAUCCAAGUGAGUUAGCACUCAGGAUUUAAACCAAGAACUUCUAUCCAGGCCAGUUUUAAAGCAGCAUCAAACAUCACAGAGCUCAUGUAAAGAGCAAAUCAUGAGCUCUGACAGUUUCCAGUACCGUGCACUGUUCGAGUACAAGCAGGAGAGGGGUGACGAUAUCUCUCUGCAGCCUGGAGAUCUCCUCACAGUCAGUAAGAUGGCACUGCUGACAUCCGAUUACCAGGAGGGUGAUGAGAAGUGCCCAAAAGGCUGGUUACAUGGCAUCAAUGAAUGCACAAAGGAAAAGGGCAACUUCCCCGGCACCUUUGUGGAGUAUGUUGGGGUCGUGAGGACGGGCCUUACUUCAGGGAAGCCCUGGCCGAGACCUGUACCACCAACACCUGUAGGGCCCCAGCCCCCAGGGGCCGCUUCUUCAGAGAGCCCCAGUGGAAAGGGAGAUGUUGUGGAGCAGUGCGCUCUGCCUGAUCAGACCCCAGCCGUGGUGCUCAGACUGACGGAGGCUCUAGAGAGGCUGGACUGGGAGAAUGAGCCACUGUACCGGUCUGGCCAGACCUCCACUGGAUCCCCAGAAUUAUUGCAGGCUUUGGAAACGGACCCAGCAGCGGUGGACUUUGAGCAAUAUGAAUUGUGUACAUUGGCUGAUACACUUAAGAGUUACAUCCAGGACUUGCCCUGCCUGCUCAUCCCAGCUGUAGUGUACAGUGAGCUGGUCUACACUGCUCAGGAAACCCAAGGCAUGGAGGAGUGUGGACAGCAGCUGAAAAGAAUCCUUGACUCUCCCAGUGUCCCUCAGGCUAACCAUCAGCUCCUGGUUCAUCUGACCCAACACCUAAGUAAGGUGGCCCAAAGUGGGGGAGCAGCUCAGGCAAGCCCCAGGCUUCUGGCUCUGGCCUACAGCGAGGCCAUCUUCAAAAACAACCACUUCAGUGCGGAUGUAAACCCAGAACAUCAUGUAAAGAUUCUUGAGGCCCUUAUCAUGGUUGGAGGCCUAGUGGAGAUACAAGCUGCUCCAGCUCUUCCUCCCAAGCCAACAAAACCCAUGACACCAGUAAAUGGCAACGGUGUGAAAGAAGCCGCCAGCGGCUCAUUGCAAGAAGCAGAAUGGUACUGGGGAGACAUAUCAAGGGAAGAGGUGAACGACAAACUGAGAGACAUGCCCGAUGGUACUUUCCUGGUGCGGGACGCCUCGACCAAGAUGCAGGGAGAUUACACACUAACGCUAAGGAAAGGUGGAAACAAUAAGCUAAUAAAGAUCUACCACCGGGAUGGGAAGUACGGUUUCUCAGACCCGCUCACGUUCAACUCAGUGGUGGAGCUCAUCAGUCACUACAGGCACGAGUCACUGGCUCAGUACAACACCAAACUGGAUGUAAAGCUCAUGUAUCCCGUCUCCCGCUACCAGCAGGAUCAGCUGGUGAAAGAGGACAACAUUGAUGCAGUGGGGAGGAAACUCCAGGAAUAUCACAAUCAAUAUCAGGAGAAGAGUAAAGAAUAUGACAGACUCUACGAGGAGCACACAAAAACCUCACAGGAGAUCCAGAUGAAACGUACUGCAAUAGAGGCCUUCAAUGAGACCAUUAAAAUCUUUGAAGAACAGUGUCACACGCAGGAACGCUACAGUAAAGAAUACAUUGAGAGAUUCCGCAGAGAGGGCAAUGACAAAGAGAUUGAAAGGAUCAUGAUGAACUACGAGAAGCUCAAAUCCCGUCUUGGCGAGAUUCACGACAGUAAGACCCGGCUUGAACAGGACCUGAAAACACAGGCUCUGGACAACAGGGAAACGGACAAGAAAAUGAACAGCUUAAAGCCAGAUCUCAUCCAGCUCAGAAAGAUUCGAGAUCAGUACCUUGUCUGGCUCAAUCAUAAAGGUGUUCGACAGAAACGAAUAAACGAUUGGCUGGGAAUCAAAAACGAAAACACGGAUGACGCCUACUUCGUCAGUGAGGAGGAUGAGAACCUGCCACACUACGAUGAGAAGAGCUGGUUUGUGGGGGACCUAAACCGAACGCAGGCAGAGGACUUGCUACUUGGCAAACCCGAUGGGGCCUUCCUCAUCCGCGAGAGCAGCAAGAAGGGCUGUUACGCCUGCUCUGUUGUUGUGGACGGCGAGGUGAAGCACUGCGUCAUCUACAGCACACCCCGCGGCUACGGUUUCGCUGAGCCAUACAACUUGUACAGCACUCUGAAAGACUUGGUCCUGCACUACCACCAGACCUCACUGGUCCAGCACAACGACUCGCUCAACGUGCGGCUGGCGUACCCAGUGUAUGCACAGAUGCCCUCAGGCCCUCGGAGAUGAAGUCUCGCCCCCCAACAUUAAAAAAAACUCUACACUUACGGGAGGGAGGAACAGUUUCUGAACAAAAAAAAAACAUAACAACAAAAAAAAAAAACACUUGCUGCAACACACGUCAGCCACCUUGGAGUUAUAUAUUUUUACAAGAACAAUUUGGAGGGCAUUCUUUCUAAAGACUGCUUGAUUUGCACAAGGAAGUUUUAAAUGUUUGUGAAUGUGAAAAAAGCAGAAGGAAGCAGAGGAGCCGAGUUUCAGGUGACCCGCGCUGCUACCUAAACUCAAGCUGGGACUUUUUACAUGCUCCAUUUUAGCAUUUAGCUUAAGCUUCUUUAUUUUUUCCUGCCUCCGUUUUCUCGCAUCUUUUUAUUUCUCAUUCAGCAGGUUUUUUUUUCUUUUGUGUGUGUUUGUAUUGUCUUUGCAAAAUUCUUAACUAUAUGUAAGGCAGGAAAAUAUUUAGUUUGUUUAAAGUCUCCAUCUCUCGAAGUGUUUAAAAAAGGCAAAAACUGUAGCAAACAGACGACUGACACUUUCCAGAGUGUUCUCACAGUGACUGCUGCUGAACGAGGGGCUGUGAGAUGGUUUGGGAGGGCACAAGUGAAAAUGUGUUGUAGUCUUAAAAACAAAAGCUUGUUCUAACUAACAUUAGAGGUGUUUUUUUUUUUUUUUCUUGUUUUCUGUUUGGCUGGAUCAAAAGUUUUUUUUUAUUAUUAUUAUUAUCCUUUUCUAAGCAGUUAAGAUCGCUACAGCUCAGUGCAGAGACCAAAGUUGGCAAGGGAAGGACCGUUUUUAUUUUUUAUUACUUGUGAUAAAAUUGGCUUGUAUUAAUUGAGCGAAAUUGUACUUGAUACACUUAGUUCACAAACUACUUCAAAUAGUUUGGAUCUGUGUUUUGUCACCAGAAGCUCCACUUUUUUUAAGAACCAAAAUCGCAUGCACAGACACAGCGGACAUAAAGCACUUAUAUAGAAAUGACAACUGACCGCUGCACCAAAAUUGAAAAGAAGACUAAAACAGUUUCUUGUGGCUUUUAACUGAUGUGGCAUCUUAAUGUUUAAUUGGAUUGUAUACCUGUCAAACAUGUUCAAAAUAUGUUCUUCAGGAAGCGGGAGCAGUGUUCGAGCAGAUGUGCUUUAGUACGUACUGUAACUUGGAAAAAAAAGUGCAAUCCAGCUUUUGAUGGUCGAGUAGUGGUCUGUCAGAGAGAGAAACAAACUGCUCGCAGUGGCAUCAAAAAGCGAUAAUCACUUGAACCUUUUGCAGAAUUUCCUUUAAAAAACAAAAAAAAGCCCCUUUAUUGCCUAGUGCUUCUCUCUUUAGCAGGUUGACUCAUUCUGUAUCAGAAAAUAAAUAAUACACUUUUCAUUGUUUGGCUGCCUGUUGGUUUUAAUGUCACACAAUAAAACCUUUAUGAAAAUAUUCAAAGCUAUAUGCACAAUAUUCAUUGUUGGAAUGUCAGUUAGAUCACUUCCUGUUUUUGUUGGGCUUCUGGCAUGCAGGUGUCCAGUUUAGUGUUGAAGAUCACAUUGUUUUUUUGGUUUUCUCCCACAGUUUCCCCUUUUUACAAUUUAGCUGUAAACCACUGCAACUCCCCAUCUCACUCCUGCACAGCAUGCUGUAUUAGAAAAAGCAGCAGAUAGUGAAAAUGUAAUGGCAUUAUUUGUCAAAACACUCAAAUGGCAAUUUCUAACUAUAUUAUGUUUUGGCAAAUUCAAACAACUGUGCUGUUUUGUACGAUCUGGUUACACCCCAUUUAGGUCUGGGUGGAAGUUUUCAUAUGAAACAAAACAAUUGCCAAAUCAUAAAAUAGUUGUCUUUUUCAUAAGGUUGUGUUAAUUGUUUCUAAAGUGAUCUGCAUGAUUUGAAAUUGAAAACUUGGAGUUUUUUGGUGGAUGGUUGGUGGGUUAGUUUGGAAACCGACAGAGCAGCUGUUGAGAUGAACUUAUAACCUGGAGUCCUAAUGAAAACCACAUGCAGACAGGGAAACUGAUGGAGGUUAUUCCCCAUCCGCUGUUCUUUUCAGUUGCUCUUCUAUUUGCUAUUGGUGGGUUUGAUUGGGUGUUUCUGGCAGAAGUCUGCAUUCUUGUCUUGUCUGCUCUAGCAUGGCUGUGGCACGAGCAGAACAUGCUAGCCUCAGCAGAUCACCUGCUUGAUUUUAGUUCUGUGCAUGCGACCAUUCACAAAUACGUCUUUGCAACCUUUGUGUUGCCACUUUUUUUUUUUUCUGUGGAAAGCUUUUGGUUACGGUGUUCUAUAUCAUAGGUCCAGUUUUAUUUUCAUUUUAUUCUAUCCUCCAAAUGUUUUUGAGUUUCAGAUUUUUUUUUUUUUUUUUUUAGUUUUUUUUUAAAGCUGGGCCCAAGAGGGGCCCUUUGUCUAUUACUUGAACUCUUGUAUCACUCACCAUUGAAUGUCUUUAAUAAUACAUAGAUACAUUUAUUAAAACACAGGAAAUCCCUUUUAUGGCAUGAGUGGAUUGAGUAUAAAACGUGUCUGAACAUGUUUACUCUUCAGCCUGGAACUCAACUUGUGUGUUUUGUUGAAAGUAAAGGGGCUUAUUUAUGUUCACAGAACUGAUUAUUGGAGUCCAGUAUAGCACACAUCAUAUUUAAAUAAUCGUUUGGAAAAAAAAUGUUUGAAUCACUUUUUUUACUACAUUUAUGAGCGUUUGCCCAGGCGUUGAGACCAAAGAUUUAAGUUUGGUUUGUUUCAUUUUAUUUUCUUGGUAAGUUUUAGUUUUAAAGAUAUGCAUAAUUUUCUUCCCUUGUAUUUCAAUUGCCUUGCUUUCAUGCAAACUUAAUUUUGUGUCUUAGUUUUUGGGUUGCUAUCGCUAGCCCCUCACUUGUCUGCCAAAAUAACAAUGUCUUUACUUCUGUCCGUAUAUUUAAGGGUUCACUGUGGAUUGGCUGGGGGUCCAUUUUUUGCCAUUUUAAAAAAAAAAAAACUGAUAAAAAUUUGUUUACCGAAAUGAAAUGUAAUUUUGUUAAGCCUCAGACUGAACAGUCUGGCCUAAAGAUGAUUCAUUUUUUGCACUCAUUUAUUUGUAAAAGAUAAAUGCUUUUUUGUGUGUGUGUGUGUGUGCGUGCCAUCACAGUUAUUCCUUGUCAUUAAUUUGUCCGUUAGGUCACUAAACCACCUCUAAAGUUACCAAAAACAAGUGUUUCUAUGCCUCUUUUCUUUACAGAAUAGGCUUGCGUUCACUCCAGCUGGAGUGAUUGUUGCCUUUUCUUUCUGUUUUUUAAAAUUCAUUAAAGAAACGGACAACCCUAUAACACACAGAAAUAUAUGGUUUGUUUAGGAAAAAAAAGUGAUUGUCAUUCUCUGCAGGGCAGAAAGCAGCGGGGUUUGUUGGUUUUCUUUGUUCCUAUUCUCAAGAAAGCAUGAAAUAAUCUUUUUUUGUUGUUGUUUGUUUUUUUUUGUUGAAGUUUUCAGGGACAUGAAAAGCAUUGCAUUGGGAAUUCGUAUGAGAGACAUUUAUUUGUGUUUUUUUUUUUUUUUUUGUAUUGAAGUGGGAAUGGGGGAAGAGCACACAUUAUAAUAAGCCGACAGAAUCGACAGUGCAUUGCUUCAAAAGCUCAGAAGGUUUGGACAUGUACCAAAACAACCUUUCUUGACUCAUAACCGCUUGAGUUUUCAGUUAGACUCUGUACAAAGCAGGUCUGGCUAAUGUUAUUUCCGGACUGUUACCUAGCACUGGCUAUUGCCCCCUUGUGCAGUUCUGCAAAGUUUUAUUUGCAGUCAGGUUUGAAUAUGUUGUGAUUCUCAUUGGGAGUCUUUUGUGUUCUUACCACAGCUGUCCCACCAUAAUAUCCAGCACAUUUCUUAUAUAUAUAGAAAAAAAAUAAAAUAAAAAAAUAAAAGGUUUUCAAAAAAAAAAAAAAAAAACUAUCGCUCUCCUUCCCACUUUGACAUACGUAAAACCCAGCAUGCUUCUUUGGUACUCUUGACUGUUGUUUUGUGUAAUAAAAAAUAAACAAACCAAAAAAAAGUAAAACUUACAAAAAAAAAAAAGAUGUGGAAGAAAAACUGUUAAUUGUCUGUUUAUGGUGUAGUCAAAUAUAAAUUUUAAUAUCGCUUAUGAAAAAAAGUCUGCUUUUUCAGCUGAAAUUAGUUGGAGCCCUUUGUUGCAGUGACUUAAAGCAAAAUGAUGUUCACAAAAACUGAGACAGAGGAGCUGAAGCAAUAGACAACAGCGUGUUCGAUACCGUUUGCACAACCGACUCAGUAACGUAUAAAUGCAUCUUAAACUUAUGUGUUUUCUUCAUACUCGGAUCAUCUUAUUGACUGAAUACUCACUUUUAUUCUGCAUAAAUCAAAAUAUUUCCUUAACACCAGCAAUUUUCAUCUCUGGACUUUUAUAGACUCAGCUUGAGCAAUAAGCCACGGGUUCUCGAUGUCCAAAAAACAUACAUACUGCAAUGAAAAGAAACAUGUUGCACCGGCUCCAGUCCAUUUAUGCUUCUAUUAACAAGUGUUUCAUGUCUUAUUAGACAAGUUAUGGCACAAAGGACUUGAGAUACUUCGCUCUGCAUGUAGAGAACGAGAUGUCAGAAAUCCUCUCUCUCAGUAUUUGAGUAUCAGUUGCUUCUGACUUAUCGCUAUUCUUCAGUUACGAUUUCCACCACAAAACAUUUUCUUGUAUCUGUUACAAUAGUUUGUAUUGGUUGUAGACUCUCCAUUUGUUAUGAGGUGAACUCAUGUAUAUAAUCAAUGGAACUCCACAAUAUUCAGUUCUCUUGCAGAAUAAAGAAAAUAUUUUGUUCAA